CUGAGCUGUAACCUCUGUCUUGGACCAUGUCCUAUUCGCAGUUUGGAUACUCGUACACAACUGCACCGCAGCUGCUGAUGGCCACCAAUUCUCUUAGCACCUACUGCGAGGCCAACAGCAGAUCCCUGAUGGAGCCCAGCCUGGCCACCUCGCCGCAGAGCUCGCUCUACUGUCCCGUGUACGAGAGCAGGCUUCUGGCCUCGGCUAGGCACGACUUGAACCCGGCCACCGCCAUUGGGGUUUACGGGAGCCCAUACUCCAAGACCCAAACUUACGGGACAUACACCUCUUACGGAAGCGACGCAACUUCUCUGUAUUCGCUGGGGAAAUUGGAUAGAAAGGAAGCAACAACAACUGCACAACCAGGAGUGGCACAAAGUGCAUAUUACCCAUACGACCACACGUUCACUCAGUACUCCAAACCUCUGUACAGAUAUGGGUCUGUUGAUGUGGCCACAAGGAGGAAGAAUGCCACCCGGGAGACGACCAGCACCCUGAAAGCCUGGCUGCAAGAGCAUAAGAAAAACCCCUACCCCACCAAGGGCGAGAAGAUCAUGCUCGCCAUCAUCACGAGAAUGACCCUCACUCAGGUGUCCACCUGGUUCGCCAACGCGCGCCGGCGACUCAAGAAGGAGAACAAAAUGACCUGGUCACCUCGGACCAAGAAUUCGGACGACAAGGGCUGUGAUGACGACAGCGACGACGCAGAGGAGGAACAGCAGCCGGACAAAAUGAAAUCCGGGAAGGAAAUAAACGAGAGCACAGAUCUUGCGCAAAGCGAUAUGGAGGAUUUUGAUCUCACCGAGUCGGAUGGUUCCGAGUGCGAGGUCAAGCGGCAGUUCCACGUGAUGUCGCACUCACAGGGACGUUCUAGUGGCCGUACCGAAGAGGGCCCUGCGGGUGCGUCCUUGCCAGAAACCUUCGGAGGACACGAGGGCUUUCAUAAAGAAUGUGCAAGAUCACUCGCACCGGACAGCGAGACUGACAAGUUGUUUUACCCACAAGAUCAGCAAAGAUCAGGGCCCAAGCCUAAAAUCUGGUCCCUGGCACAGACAGCCAUUUCCUUGAACCAAACAGAGUAUUCGUCUUGUAUGCACAGAGGCCAGCCGACCAACCCACCAUCUCCAGCCCCUGUCCUGGGUGUGCCGGACAGACCACAGGACUCGCCCGUCGCCACUCUCAGGAACUGGGUCGAUGGGGUUUUUCACGACCCCUUGUUUCGACAGAGCACUUUGAAUCAGACUGCAUCAGACUCUGUGCUGUGGAGCGGGGCAGGCCUACCCCAGGACAGUUCACUUGGAAAUGUUACGGCUACACAGCUAAGUUGAGAACAAAAUCUAAACAUUGUGUUUUCCUUUUUUUAUAUGAAGGCGCAUCAUUGUGUCUGCCUGUUACAUGCACACAAAUGUCACCAGGCGUGAAUGCUGAAAUAAAAUUAUUGUUGUUUAUUCAUUUGAGGGAGAUGCAGUGACGUGGGACAGAGAAAUUGCCAAAAACGUUUUAAAAACAAACAAAAAAUAUGCUUUCUUUGCUUUGCAGGACACGUUCCCACUUUUUUUUUUAAACUGGAGGCAUGUGGGCACAAAAAAUCAAAAAUGUAAAACGUGCAUUGUCUUCCCAGCCAUGUCAGUAGCCUACAGCACUAUUGUUUUCAACAAUACGCCU